CACCACAGUUAUGCAAAUUAGCACAAUUCCAGUUUCCAGCAGUUCGUUAGCAAUUGGAGUAGGCCAUCGCUGUGUUUCAAAUAAUUCAACUUUUUACGUAGAUUCGGUGCUAAAAUUAUUCCUGAUCCUUUGAGUCAAAGACCGGUUUGACGUAGACGGAUUUGGUAUCACGGUUGACGGUUAGAACAACAACGAUACGCUGCUUGGGAAAUUUUAAGCAUUUCAGAUUGUGCAUAACAAGUGUGUCUACGAAGAAACCUGGUAAAUCCCACACAUUUAGAUUCCAUGAACUCUGCAGAAUUAACCAGCAUCAUUAGGAUCCGCUUCACCUGCCUUCCAAGAAGCAAACUCGUUAGGCUCUCUAACUAAAUACCCGUUCAUAUCCUUUAGUCUUGAUGAUCAACAUGAAAAUGUUUGCCAAUUUCGAGAUAAAUGCAUUUUUAUAAUUUUACAAAAUUCUGUGAACUAUAGCGCAGUAAGCUGGAAAGAUUAAUAUAUGUAUGAUUCCAGUUUUUUUCAAACCGUUUCUAGAAAUUUCCAACAUCAUCUUGCUGAAGGAUGUUAAUCAAUUGGCUAACUGCUGGAAACAAACGCGAUGCAUUUAUGUAUGUAUGGGCAUAAAAUAAUUCUUGGUAAACAUUCGGACCUUGGAAUUUCUGUAUCCAUUGCAAAUGUAUUUAUUACUUUUAUGUCUUUGCUAAUUAGUCACGACAAUAUAACUGAUAAGUUAUGCAUGUACAAAGAUCAUUACUAAAAAUUUAGUGCAAAAUAAAAAUUAUUGAAUUAUAAAAAACUUCAAGGUAGUUUAAUUUUCACGGUUUAAAUUAAUUGUGAUUAUCAAUGAAUGCAUGUGUUCAAAUUGAUAUGCUCUCAGCAUAUCAUACAACUGCAUGCAACUAUGAUAAAUGUAAAAUUUUGUCAUUAACAAAAAUUAUUUUCAUGAAAAAUAAGGCAGCUUAUAAAAUAAUCCCCAACCGAGACGUGCAUACGUAACAUAUUAAAGCCAAGCUUUGCUGAGCUUGAUCUAAACUUGUUUUUGUCUGAUUUCUGAUUGUUAUACGUAUGGUGCAAACCAUCUGGUUUGAAUUCAGUCUGAUUAAAAUUAUAAAACUUCAAAAAUAUCAAUAUAAAGACAAAUAUAAAAUUUUCAAUACGUAGCUCGUUAUUAUUAGUGUUAGAGAACGUUCAAAGGUAUAAAAUUCAUCUCACAAGAUGAGUUGUGUAUGGUCGUGAAAUGGAUUGAGGAGAGACGUGCACCUUAUCAGAUUUAAACUCUUUAGGAUAUGGUGUAAUACUCCACAAGUGUACCAGACCCUGAGACCCUACAAAAGGAAUCUGUACAACAAAUAAGUAUGUCUUUCAUCAAUUCUCUGAAUUUCAUUCUUGUGAUUUUGAUGAAUAACAUUUCGCAUCAGCAAAUAUUUGGUGAAACGACAACCAUGGCCACUCCACCAAUUUGUCCAGGGGACGGAUAUUGUAUGGCUGAUGCGAACAACGAAAAGUGUGAAUUAACUCCACAAUCAUAUGAAGGACCAUUUUUUCUUCCUAAUCAGCCAAUUCGUCAAGAUAUUCGAGAAGGACGUCCCGGAGUUUCCUUAAAAAUUGAAUUUAUUGUUAAAAACACGAAAUGUCAGCCUGUUCAGGAUGCUCAAGUCCAUGUAUGGCAUGCCGACGCACUUGGAGUGUAUUCUGCAUACAGCGGAUAUUAUCCACUCGGUGACCCAAAUGCCAAACAGAUCACGGGACCGCACGCGGAACCGACAGAGGAGGCGACCUUCCUGAGAGGGAUUCAAAUUACGGAUUCGAACGGAAGGGCGAAAUUUCAGACUAUUUAUCCAGGGUGGUACCGCUACAGAACGCUCCAUCUGCACUUUAAAAUCACCUUCGAAGGCAAAGACAAGUACUCUGGAGAGAUUUACUUUCCUGAUUCACUCACCGACGAAAUCGCCAAGGUCGAGCCUUACAAAGAACACAAUGACAAAAGAGUCAAAAACAAACAGGAUUCUCAAUUCCUUCAUGAUAAUGGGGAAUAUUUGGUAAUGAGACCAAAUGGAAACCUUGUGGAUGGAUUAGAGGGUCAAAUGGAAAUCGUUAUUUAGAGUGCCUGAGUAUUAAGUAAUAAGUAUUUAGUAUGCAAGCAGUGAUGAAGAGCUGUGUUAAAAAUAAUGACAACCAACUAAAGUGCGUAAAUUUAGAGUAAUAAGACGAAUGUUAAGAAUGCCUGCUAAAUGUUUUAGUCAUUUGAAUUUCCUCUAUUUAAGAAAAAUAAAAUCUACAUUUUCUAGGCACCAGGCACAAUACAAGACUUAUCACUCCCCCACAGACUGCAAUGCCAUGCAGUACUUUUAUGACAAUGUUGAGCUUCAGAGGUUAUCACACGUUACAUAUUCCCCAAAAAGUGUUGCCAAAUUCUUCUUCCAAGUUUGAAUGUGUUCGAAGAAUAUGUAUUUACAUUCAAAAUCAUGUUGAUAAAUGACGGAUUGGUUUCAAAAAUUCGCAAAAAUGUGGAAUGUGUACGUACUUAUAUUCAUAUUUACGUAUAAAGGGAAACUCGAAUAGCAUAUUAUUUUUAAGAGCUUAAUAUUCUAAUCAGAUGCAGUUGAUAAAUAUAUAUGUGCACCUAUAUAUAACUAGUUGAGGUAUUUUGAGCUAGUUUGGGAAAAUAUGUAUUAUGCAAUUCCUGAAUCAUUCAUGAUACACUUUAUUCCUUUGCAGCCUCUCUCCAUAGCAUGUAGAAAUCUGCAAAUGUAAAUCACUAAUAAUAAGCCGCUUGACACCACAAUGACAAGUUUGGUAACUACUAAAUUGGUUCAAGUAAAGUCAAUAAUUGGUCAAAUCUAUGCAGAAUUAUAGCAAGUUCCAUGUCUAUUGCAAGCGAAAUAAGUACAUGCAAUAAAUAUUUUACUCUGUGCACGAAUA